AUGGCUUGCAUUGGAUUCUUCAGGCCUGGGGUUCAGCAGCACCUGCCCAGGACCUGGCCCUACACUGUUGUGCUUUCUCUUCUCUUCAUUCCCAUCUGCUCCAAAGCGUUGUACGUGUCCCAGCCUGUAGUGGUGCUGGCCAGCAACCGGGGUGUUGCCAGCUUUGUGUGUGAGUAUGAGUUCUCACUCAAAGUCAAAGAGGUCCGAGUGACAGUACUGCGGCAGUUCAGCAGCCAGAUGACUGAAGUCUGUGCCUCCACAUUUGAAGUGGAGAAGGAGUUGACCUUCCUAGAUGAUCCCACCUGCACUGGAACCUCCAGUGGAAACAAAGUGAAUCUCACCAUUCAAGGACUGACAGCCACCGACACUGGGCUGUACAUCUGCAAAGUGGAGCUCAUGUACCCACCGCCCUACUACAUGGGCAUGGGCAAUGGGACUCAGAUUUUUGUCAUUGAUCCAGAACCAUGUCCAGAUUCUGAAUUCCUCCUCUGGGUUCUUGCAGCAGUCAGUUCAGGACUGUUUUUUUACAGUUUCCUCAUCACAGCUGUUUCUUUGAGCAAAAUGCUAAAGAAAAGAAGUCUUCUUACUACAGGGGUCUAUGUGAAAAUGCCCCCAACAGAGCCAGAAUGUGAAAAGCAAUUUCAACCUUAUUUUAUUCCCAUCAAUUGA